AUGCAGACGCCGGGGCGAGCGAUGAGGAUGGAGGCCGGGGAGGCUGCGCCGCCGCCGGGGCCGGGCGGCCGCGCCGGGGGCGGCUGGGGCAAGUGGGUGCGGCUCAACGUGGGGGGCACGGUGUUCCUGACCACGCGGCAGACGCUGUGCCGGGAGCAGAAGUCCUUCCUCAGCCGCCUGUGCCAGGGGGAAGAGCUGCAGUCGGACCGGGAUGAGACCGGGGCCUACCUCAUUGACCGCGACCCCACCUACUUCGGACCCAUCCUGAACUUCCUCCGUCACGGCAAGCUGGUGCUGGACAAGGACAUGGCUGAGGAGGGGGUCUUGGAGGAGGCGGAGUUCUACAACAUUGGCCCGCUGAUCCGCAUCAUCAAGGACCGGAUGGAAGAGAAGGACUACACCGUCACGCAGGUCCCGCCCAAGCACGUGUACCGCGUGCUGCAGUGCCAGGAGGAGGAGCUCACGCAGAUGGUCUCCACCAUGUCUGAUGGCUGGCGCUUCGAGCAGCUGGUGAACAUCGGCUCCUCCUACAACUACGGCGGCGAGGACCAGGCCGAGUUCCUGUGCGUGGUGUCCAAGGAGCUCUACAGCGCCCCACACGGGCUGAGUUCCGAGUCCAGCCGCAAAACCAAGAGCACGGAGGAGCAGCUGGAGGAGCAGCAGCAGGAGGAGGAGGUGGAGGUGGAGGUGGAACAGGUGCAGGUGGAGGCAGCCCAGUCAUCUCAGGAUCCCGCUAACCUUUUCUCCCUCCCACCACCGCCUCCUCCUCCGCUUCCCGCUGGAGGUCCUGCCUCAUCUUCAUCUACCUCUUCUUCCUCCUGGAUCUCAUCUGCACCCUGCCUCUUCCCUCUCUGCUCCUGUCCCGGUUUUCUCUCUGCCUGCUCACACCUCCAUCCCGGGGCUGCCCUGGUCCCAGCCUCCCGCGCCCUCCACCCAGGUGCCCUGGUCCUGCAUCCCGGAGCAUCCUGCCUGCUGUCUCCCGCACCCCUUCCGGCACCUCCCGCCUCCCGGCCCAGGGAGGAGGGACGCAGCUGUCCCUCCUCCGUGCCUGCCAACCCCACCGGCCACCUCUGAGGCUGCCGCCCGACCCGGCGCCUCACCUCCUCGCCGCCUCCUCACGUUUCCUCCUUACAGGCUCCUGUCUGCACCCCUCAGACCUGAGGCUGCCCUGCAGGGAGGGCUUCUCCUCGGCCCUCGCCCUCCCCCAGAGCUUCGGUCCCUGGUCUGUGGCUGGGCAGAGCUGGAGGGUGGGGCGGGAGCCAGGAGGGUGCUCAUCUCUCCUUCCUUGGACUGGAGCUGAAUUUCCGGCUGAUUCCCUCCCCUCACCAAAGUUUCUCAGCCUGUCUUGGCCUUGGGUGUGAGGCUCUGAGAGGAGCAAGUUCCGGGGGCAGAAACUCUUCCCACCUGCCCCUCAGCGCCAGAGCCAGGCUGGGGACGACGGGAGGGAAACUGAAGCCAGACGCCCUGGCCUCACCCCUGCACGUCCAGAGCUCCUGCAUCACAGCCUCAUGGCACUAGGUUCCCUGGUUCUGGGGGUGGAUUCCCUUGGCCUAAAAGGAGUCAGCCAGAGCUGGCUGAGGAUCACGGUGUGGCAGAAAAAGCACUGGCCUGUUGCCCACAAGCCCCCACUCAAUCUUAUCCACCUGCUGUGUGACCUUGGGCAAGUCACUGUCCCUCUCUGGGCAACAGUUGCCUCUCAAAUGAGGACAGACAGCUGCUCUCUGUGACCUUUUGCCUGAGACAGCAGUGAUCUGCCUCUCUUGGCCUUGACCCCCUGGCCAGAGUCUUGCCAGAAUCUGGCCCUUAAGCGGCCACCUCCCAGCCCAGGAUGGGGCAUGGGGCUCCCAGACCGGCGAGCUGGGUCCCCUCCUGCUCCCUCUUCUCAGCUCUGAAUCCACCUUCUCUGGGCCUCCCAGAAGGGACCCUGUGACUCACCUACCUCUUUCUCUCUCCCUCUCUCCCCUCCCUCCCUCCAUUUCAAUCUCCUCUCUGCCCUCCU